AGUCUUUUGUUCCCUCCUGGCUUCUGUACAGAUGUUUGUUGUUAUCAGCUGACUCUCCGUUAGUUUGUUAAAUGGAGCUAACAUGCUAACGGCUCUUUAACACUGACCAUGAAUCUGAGCCGGUCCACACCGGGACACCGAUAACGCAUACCCACGGAGGUGACCCUUCCCCCGACAAACUAUCUGCCUAGUUAGUACACUUUGCCCAGAAUCAGUAGGUCGGUCGGUUAUCUGUGUGACUUUUGUCCUCUUUUAUCCGCCCGUGGUUCAAAGUUGUCCACAUGCUAGCUAGUUAGCCGGUUAGCUAAUUAGCUGUGUUAAAGCGGCGGCGCUCGUACUGAAGCUAGCUGGGAAACUAACCGGACCGGGAUGUACCAUGGCAUCGGUUCGGGUGGCUGUCCGGGUCAGACCCAUGAACAGACGGGAGAAAGAUUUGACCGCAAAAUGUAUCAUCAAGAUGGAAGGGACCAAAACCAGCAUCACCAACAUGAAGAUACCUGAUGGCGUUUCUGGUGAUUCAGUGAGAGAGCGGAUAAAGACGUUCACAUACGACUUCUCCUACGACUCGACAGACUGUAAGAGUUCCAGCUUUGUGUCUCAGGAAAAGGUUUUCAGAGACCUGGGCUCCGACGUGCUGAAGGCAGCGUUCGAGGGCUACAACGCCUGCGUGUUCGCCUACGGUCAGACCGGCUCGGGGAAGUCCUACACCAUGAUGGGAAAUCCAGGAGAUGCCGGUCUGAUCCCGAGGAUCUGUGAAGGUUUGUUCAGUCGAAUCAGUGACACGACUCGAUGGGACGCAGCUUCCUUUCGGACUGAAGUCAGUUAUUUGGAAAUCUACAACGAGAGAGUGAGGGACCUGCUGAGAAGGAAAUCCACUCAGACCUACAACCUGAGAGUCCGAGAGCAUCCCAAAGACGGGCCCUACGUCGAAGAUCUGUCCAAACACCUGGUGCAGAACUACAGUGACGUGGAAGAGCUGAUGGAGGCCGGAAACAUCAACCGCACCACGGCCAGCACUGGCAUGAACGACGUCAGCAGCCGCUCACACGCCAUCUUCACCAUCAACUUCACCCAGGCUAAGUUUGAUGCAGAGAUGCCCAGUGAGACGGUCAGUAAAAUCCACUUGGUGGAUCUGGCUGGCAGCGAGCGAGCCGAUGCCACCGGAGCCACUGGUGUACGACUGAAAGAGGGAGGAAACAUUAACAAGUCGCUGGUCACCCUCGGCAAUGUCAUCUCCGCUCUGGCCGACAUGACCCAGGACGGCGUCAACACCAACCUGAAGAAGAAGUCGGUGUUCGUCCCCUACAGAGACUCGGUGUUGACGUGGCUCCUGAAGGACAGUCUGGGCGGAAACUCCAAGACCAUCAUGAUCGCCACCAUUUCACCUGCCGAUGUUAACUAUGGUGAGACGCUCAGCACUCUGAGAUAUGCCAACCGAGCAAAGAACAUCAUCAACAAACCCACCAUCAACGAGGACGCCAAUGUCAGGCUGAUCAGAGAACUACGGGCUGAAAUCGCUCGGCUCAAAGCUCUGCUGGUUCAGGGAAACCAGAUCGCUCUUCUGGACUCACCCACUGCUCUCAGCAUGGAGGAGAAACUGCACCAAAACGAAGCCAGAGUUCUGGAGCUGACGAAAGAAUGGACCAACAAAUGGAAUGAGACUCAGAACAUCCUGAAGGAGGAGACUCUUGCUCUUAGGAAAGAGGGCAUAGGUGUGGUGCUGGACUCGGAGCUGCCUCACCUCAUCGGCAUUGACGACGACCUCCUGAGCACCGGCAUCAUCCUCUACCACCUGAAGGAGGGACGGACAUACGUGGGCCGAGAGGACGCGUCCACGGAGCAGGACAUCAUUCUGCAUGGUUUGGACCUAGAGAGCGAACACUGUAUGUUUGAGAACCAGAACGGAACUGUGACCCUGGUGCCACUCGGUGGAGCCCAGUGUUCAGUUAAUGGGGUCCAGGUGACGGAGCCUUCGCAGCUGAACCAGGGUGCUGUGAUUCUGCUUGGCCGGACCAACAUGUUCCGUUUCAACCAUCCGAAGGAGGCAGCCAAGCUGAGGGAGAAACGGAAGAGUGGGCUCCUCUCCACCUUCAGCCUCUCCAUGACCGAUCUGUCCAAAUCGUGUGAAAACCUCUCCACCAUCAUGCUCUACAACCCAGGUCUCUUCACUGAGAAGGGCCCCGUCUUCCUCAGGUUGGAAUUCGAAAGACAACAGCGAGAGGAGCUAGAGAAACUGGAGCUGAAAAGGAGGCUCAUUAAAGAAAUGGAGGCGAAGCAGCAAAGUGAGAAGGCAGAGCUGGAGCGCCUCCAGCAGGAGGUGGAGAGUCAGCGCAAAGAGUCUGAGGAGGUGCAGCAGCGUAUCUUACGGCAGGAGGAGAGCCUCCGCCACCGCAGCCAGGACAUCGAGAGCCGCCUGAGGGACUUCCUGGCCGAGAAGGAGCGCUUCGAGGAGGAGCGGCGCUGUGAGAUCCAGGGGCUGGACCUGCAGGAGCGGCAGAGUUGGAGACAGCAGCAGGAAGGAGGAGCAGGGGGGGAGGGGGAGGAGCAGCGACGGAAGCAAGAGGCCAUGGAGAAGACAGAGAUUUUCAGGGAACUGGAGAGGCUGAAGAGGGAGCGGGAGGAGCAGAAAGUUCGGCUGGAGACGGAGCGGCGACGGCUGGAGGAACAGGAGCGGGAGCAGCUGAGCCUGGUGGGGAGGCUGGAGGAGCAGCUGAGGGAGAAACACGAGACCGCCACCACCUUGCUGACCCGGGAGGACAGCCGUCGGCUGGAGGAGGAGCGCCGGGUGCUGGCCGAAAUCAGGGAAGACCUCUUGCGUGCCAAAGAAGCUGGAGAGAGGCCUGACGGUGAGGGAGCAGGCGAGGAUGCCAGGUCUGCCCAGGCCCGCUACACUGACUUCAAGGAGGCCCAGGUGAAAGAGCUGGACCAGUUGGAGGAGGGACUCCACCAACAGAGGGAGCGUCUGGAGAAGGAGGUGGCCUCUGAGCAGGCGACACUGCUGCUUCUCACCCACAGCCUCAAAGAACGCCAGCAGCAGCUAAAGGAGGCGCAGGAGAAGGGAGCGCAGGACGCCACAGCGGUCAUUCAGGAGGAGCAGCUGCUCCGACAGGCUGAGCACCGGCUGCAGGUGAAGGAGCGCCAGCUUAACAGUCUGUCCGACACACUCCUCCCAGCGCUGGCCGAGGAGAAGCAGAGGGCGGUGGAGGUCCUGGAGAGGAGCAACGGGAACUGUGACGGUCCACCAGGACUGGACAACACCCUGUACCAGGUGGAGAAGGAGCUGGAGGACAAGGAGGAGAAGCUGAACCUCCACUGGCUCAGCGCUCAGCAGCUCCAGCAGCUGCAGGAGACCUAUGAGUUCACCGCCAACGUGGCCCGACAGGAGGAGAAGGUGCGGAGGAAGGAGAAGGAGAUCCUGGAGUCCAAGGACAAGCAGCAGAGGGAGGCCAUGGAGCAGGCGGUGGCCCGGCUGGAGAGGAGGCACUCAGCCCUGAGACGCAGCGCCUCCAUGGAGCCUGAUGGCGAGGAGCAGAGGGCCAAGAGCUCAGCUUCCAGGAACCAGAGGACCGGGACCGAGGUGGAGCAGCAGAGAGUGGAGCGUGAGAUCCAGAAGCUGCGUCAGAGGAUCAGCGAAGGCGAAGACAACUGGACUCACUCUGUCAACAGUGAUGAGAAGCCAGGUCACUGCAGCUCUCCUGUCAGCCACAUCCAGAGUCUGAACACACUGCUGCCGCUAUCCGACGACAGGAUAAACGCGUACAUCGAAGAGGAAGUCCAGCGACGCCUGCAGAAGCUCAACCUCCUCAAUGGCAGCAGCAGGAGCAGCAGUAUGGAUCUGUCUGUUUCCUUUGAAUCGCUCAAGGAGGACGAGGAGGUUAGCGACUCUAGCUCUGUUAGAUUAACAGAAGAGGAUGAUGAAAAGCUGCAAAACCUAAACCCACGGAGGCUUAAAUAUGAGAGAGCCUGUGAGUCCUGGCUGAGCUUCCUGGAAACCCCGAACGUUGAGGCUAAAUCUCCUCCUAAUGUCCAAGAAAUCAUGUCAGCAGAAUCCCAAACUGGUCUUGUAAAGAUUAUUGACAAAUCCAGUGCUAAAGAAGAUGGAGCGCCUCACAAAGACAGUGAUGAAACUAAAUGGGAAAGAGAAGUGAAUGCCAACCAUUGUGACCAAAACUAUGGUGAAGUUGAUCAUUGUGAGGCCAGAAAUGAAAAGACUGGCUUGUUGAACAGUUUUGAUGACAAUAAGAAUCUAACUGAUGAAAGAAGAAGCAUUUCUGCUCCUGAUCAUGAUAAUAAGAAGAUGAACGUUAAUGAGGAAGAGUUGAAGGACAGUAUCCAACAGCAAACAUUCAUCCCUAAUGUAAUUGUGGAGCCUGGACCUUCAAAUGAAAGCCCAAAGUUAAACAUCUCUAAAAAUAGUCCAGAAAAACAAGGGACAGAUGUGGAAACUGGGAAAGUGGAGUCCAACCGAAGCUACAUUUUGGGCUACUUUGCUGGGAAGCUGUCCGACGCUUACAGAGAUGCUGGUAGAAGGUUACAGGGUACACGGGACAUUAUUCGUAAUGUCCAAGUAGGUGAAAUGAAGGUUGUUCUUUCUCAGUAUGUAACCAUGAUGUCGAAAGAGUUCCCUCUGAUUUCUCAAUUGCGGCUAACGCCAAAACCGGAGACUUGCAUCCUUCCAGAAAACAAAGUAAGUUUGGUGAAUCUUCAAAGGAAGUGCGCUCUUGUUCCACAUCAGAUUUGUGGGAAAUCUGAGAUCCCUGGUGUCUCAGGAUGGCCCGAGGGCUCAGUGUCCUCUGUCAAAAGCACAAGUCCUCAAGUGUUUCAGCAGAAGUUGGUGCAUCUGCCGGCGGCUUUGUCCCAGUUACUGUCACUUUCAACUCAGCAGAUGCUAGAAAGGAUCGAAUCUCUGGCUCCUCAAAUGCAACUCGGCAAACUUCUUGGCAUCUUCUGGCUGAAAACAGCCCACAGCAAACAGCCAAUCCCCAAACCUGAAUGCUUGGUUUUGUCAGAAAAGAUUAUAGCAUUGGUGUCAAGUGAAAGACAUGACACUUUAGUUAUUUGUCACCAUUUUGGUCUCAUGGAGGUCAAGACAGUCCAGAUUGGUUUGGCAGGGCAGCAUGUCCGGCUAUUGGGCCACGCUGAAGACUUGGUCUUAGCGGUGUUCACCCAUAGCGCUGAGCUAACCCAGGAGUUCAGCAAGGCUUUACUGAAAGCAUGUUCUCCUGGAAACUUCUCAAAUUGUCACCCUUUACUCUCUGGUGACCUCAUGACCCUCUCGUUGGACUGGGGGUUGAGUGUCGCUGACCUUGUGCUGGACAGCGGUGUUCACGUCACCUCCAGAUUUAAUCGGGUCCUCGCAGACCUGUUGUACAUCGUCCACGGGAACAUGGAAGGUCCAGGCAAACCUUCUUUGGCUGAUAUUGUUCCUCUGCUCUACACCAGUGUGAAGCUCCAGAACUCAACUCGUGUGCGUCAGGAUGCCAUCUUCCACUUCCUGCUAACAGACACUCACAUAGCUCUUCUCCAGGAGGACGGGGUGUUCCAUCCAGUGCCUCGGGGCUCCACCCUAGUCCCUGCCCACCCCCAGUUUCAGGGACUCAAACUCCGCAGACGCUCAGACAUCAAAUGUUUGUUCGUGAAGCAGGUCGAUGGCUGCCUGGUGGUCGACGUUAUGUUCACAGCUCAAAAACCACAAACCAAUGAAAACAUGGAGCAGCAGCGGCGGUUUUCCACCGGGGCAGAACUGCUGGCCGAGGACAGACGCCAAUGUGAUUCCUGGAAGUUAUGUUUCGGAUGUACUUCAGACGCAGUGACUGUGAUCAAUCACCUGUGUGUCUGAGUUACAAAGAAUAGUCGUACAUUUAACGAGUCUUCAUACUCAUCUGUGCUCAAAAAUGUCCUGACAUUUAUGGAGUGAAUUUCCUCCAAAACCAAACAAAACUAAACAUGUUUUACAAAUGUUCUGCACAAAGAAACACAACUUUGGUUUGAAAUAAAUGUUUCUAAAAUAUAAAAUGCAUUAAACAUCAUGAUGUUUUGUUCACAAAUGAGCAUCCUAUAAACUACUUUUGAAUUCUCUAAAUGUCUCUGAACUGUUGCAUCGGCAAUUUGCUGUGCAUUUGUUCGACUACAAACCAGACU